GCCUGGCUGCGGCGCGCUCUGCUCCGCCGCACCGACACAGCGGGCACUGGCGCCGGGAAGCACGGAGAUCAUGAUGGCCCAAAGGAUUUUUAGAAUAUGCUUGCUGUUCUCCAUUCUGGCUGCAUUUAUCAUCUCUGCCCUAGCUGAGCAACACGUAGGAGAGAGUCAACAUGGAAAUAUUCGCCUGGAUAAGAACUUGGUACAAGAUAAAGACCACAUCAUGGAACAUUUGGAAGGUGUUAUUGAGAAACCAGAAUCUGAGAUGUCUCCGCAAGAACUGCAGCUUCAUUACUUCAAAAUGCAUGAUUAUGAUGGCAAUAAUUUGUUAGAUGGGUUAGAGCUUGCUACUGCUAUAUCACAUGUCCACAAAGAGGAAGGUGGUGAGAAUACCCAGGCAAUGAAAGAAGAGGAGCUGAUUAGUCUAAUAGAUGAUGUCUUAAGAGAUGAUGACAAGAACAACGAUGGAUACAUUGACUAUGCAGAAUUUGCAAAAUCACUGGAAUAGGGUUUUGCAGGUGGCUUGUUUCUCCUUCUAACUACAUAGAAAUGUGAACCAGUCUAAUGUGAUUCAUUACUGUCUCAUAUCAACCUCUGUGCUGUGAGGAGAGGUGGACCAGUUCCAGAUGAGUUUAUUUGAAAGUUGUAUGUGUUAAGAGACUGGCUAACUCAGAGCAAGAGCAAUGUUUGACUUUGAAUCUUCAUCUUUGAUGCUUUGAAUUGAAGCAUCAACACUACUCACAUAGGGUACCACUGGCAAACUCUUAAGUAGCUGUGUAUAAAUACUAAGGAGAUCACGUACAAUCUUAAGUUUAUAUUUUUGUGUCUUUGGGUUAUAUAGUACUUUCUUGCUUACAUCUUCCAUUUAAACUUACUAAAUGCCCAGUAAGCAAGAGAAGUUUAUUGCAUAUAGUUGUAUUUCAAGGACAAAUGUUUUUACAUUCCCACUAAUUACAAAGGAAAUUUGCACGUGAGUACAGGUGCUUGAAACAGCAAUUUUAGAGGAAAAGUGAAUGUCAUUUCUGUUUGAGGCCCACAUGAUACCUGUGGACUUCUAACACAGUCUUUGAAGAAAUCCUGUAUUUUGAAAUAUCCGUACUUCCUAGCAUACCCUUGUUUUUCACAUAUAAAUAUAUAUACAUGUUUUUCAAUUUUUUUCUCAUCCUACACAGAUUUACUUUUUAUAUCUUAAUUUACUGAUUUUUUUCCCCCUCUACCUUCUCUGGUGUUUUCUUAAGAAAAUGAAAGUAUUUUUAGUACAUUCAUAUGUUGUAUUAAUGCUGUACAGCAUUUACUAGAGUAGCUUCUGCUGUCUCAUUUUGAAGGUCACAGUAACAGUAAACCAGUUUAAUACAAGAGUUUCUGUUCAAUUUGGUUUUUACAGUAUUAGUCAGCAGGAUAAUCUGGGUGAGAAAGUAAUGCUGCCUUGUUAAGGUUUAAGUUCAUAGUCCUUGACACUUAAAUUAUGAUUAUAGUUUCAGGAGGUAUUUCGUAACUAAGAGUUUGAAGGUACUUGAGUGUUUGCGGAUUAACAUGGUUCUAGGAAUGUUUUCGCUGUCUUGAGUCAAUAUUCAGUAAGUCAAGCACUGUAAGGAUAUUGGGGAAGUGAUGUAUUGCUGUGCUAUUGGCAUUUGGUGACUCUAAAACAUAACCAAAAUCUUAAAUUGCAUUUAAUCAAUCAUUAUCCAUUAACAGAAAAUCUAAAUGUCAAUGUAUUUCUGUAAUAUGUAUAAAGAGCUAUUUUCUGUACAAAAUUAUUCUUAUACAAGAGAAACACAUUUGUAAAAGAAAUUAUUUCCUCUGUUUAAAUGUUUGUGCAAUGAC